CUCCUUCUUCCCUGGGUCCCGCUUUCCUGCCCUCAGUCAACAGAACAGCCUUCCACUUGUUAAGUCAUGCUAACUGGAUCUUGGACUUAUUGCUCAGCUAUGCAAUAGAGAGGAGGAUUAGCUAAGCACCAGAGCAAGGACCUGGACUUUUGCCGUUACGAUUCUUCAUCGUCUUCUUCACUUGUGUUCCUACAUCUGUGUGACUGCUCUCCACAAUGACCAUGUUAUCAGAGGACCAGCCCGCAAGGCCCCAACCCUGCAAGCUCCCGGAACCGGGCAAACACGUCACCACAUCUUUGCAGCAGUACACCACAGACUACCCUGGCUCCAAAGAGGACUCCAUGACCAGCGGAGAGAGCGCCGUGUUUGGGAUCGUGGAGCCCCCCAGACGCUCUCGAGGUCGCCUCAUCCUGCACAGCCUCGUGAUGUUUGGUCGGGAGUUUUGCUACGCUGUCGAGGCGGCCUUUGUGACUCCGGUGCUGCUGAGCGUGGGCCUUCCUCGCAGUCUGUACAGUCUUGUGUGGUUGAUCAGCCCCAUCCUGGGGUUCCUACUGCAACCUAUUAUUGGCUCGGCCAGCGACUACUGUGCCUCCCCUUGGGGGCGGCGGAGGCCUUACAUCCUGGUCCUUGGCAUCAUGAUGCUGAUAGGGAUAAGCAUGUUCCUCAAUGGAGAUGCUUUCAUUUCAGCGCUGGUCAGUGACAGGUCACUGAAGAGCAUCUGGGCCAUCGUCGUGGUGAUGUUCGGGGUCGUGCUGUUUGACUUCGCGGCCGAUUUUAUCGACGGCCCUAUCAAGGCCUACCUGUUUGAUGUGUGCUCACAUUCAGACAAGGAGAGAGGUCUGCACUACCACGCUCUGUUCACAGGACUGGGCGGAGCUUGUGGCUACCUGGUGGGAGCUAUGGACUGGGGCCACUCUGUCCUCGGUCGUCUGUUGGGCUCCGAGUACCAAGUCAUCUACUUCUUCUCGGCUCUCACCUGGGGCUUCUUCCUCACCGUGCACCUGUUUAGCAUCCCAGAACAACCACUGUGCAAGGACCCUGAUCCUGACUGCUCUUCUCCCAGUGCCCUCCGCUUACUAGGCUCCCAAAGCAACGGCUACGGAGCACUCAGUAAGGAGCCCAGCCCUACCGCAGCCCCCACAUCUGUUUCAGACGUCAGGCCAAGAUCCUAUUCAGCUUUGGGCGAAAGGCAGCGAUCCUUCUCAGCUCUGGGAGAAGCUAACGCAGUGACAUCCAGUUCCAAGCAGCCAAACAAGGAGCAGAAGAAGAUGACGUUCAGGUCCCUGAUGAAAGCUAUAAUCCACAUGCCAAGCCACCACCGCUGCCUGUGCAUCAGUCACUUGCUGGGAUGGGCGGCUUUUCUCUGCAACAUGCUCUUCUUUACUGAUUUCAUGGGACAGAUUGUUUACAAAGGAAAUCCUUAUGCGGAACACAACUCUACAGCGUACGCCACAUAUGAGAGAGGUGUAGAAGUCGGCUGCUGGGGAUUGUGUAUUAAUGCCGUGUCUUCUGCUCUCUACUCGUAUGUGCAGCGGUUCCUGCUUCCAUACAUUGGCCUCAAAGGUUUAUACUUCAUGGGCUACUUUGUGUUCGGCAUGGGAACCAGCCUAAUCGGCCUCUUCCCGGAUGUCAUCGCCACGCUCAUCCUCUGCAGCGUGUUUGGCGUCAUGUCCAGCACGCUCUACACCAUCCCAUUCAACUUAAUUGCAGAGUAUCAGCGUGAGGAGGAGGAACAACCAAAGCUACAAGGCGGCAACAAAAGCCCUCGAGGCACCGGCAUGGACUGCGCGGCGCUCACCUGUAUGGUCCAGCUGGCUCAGAUCAUUGUGGGAGCGGGGCUCGGAGGUCUGGUCAUCGCAGCUGGAAGUGUAAUUGUGGUUGUCCUGUCAGCCUCCGCUAUGUCUUUGAUAGGCUGCAUUUUCAUUGCUCUCUUUAUCAGAUAUGUGGAAUGACACUGCUAUGAAAUAAAUUUUAAUGGUGCUGUAUUAAUGAAUAAAUAAAUAAAGCCUCUUUGUUAUAUUGUUUGAUGGUUUUCUGAAAGGGUGUGCUCACUUGUUUUACUUUUUUUUUUAUGUUUGCUGUGCAGACCAAAGGUGUGACUGCUCUCGUCGCAGGGAGUCCACACUUUUUACUUCUGUUUAAUUUCUCUUUAAUUUCACAUCGACUUUCUGACAUUUGUCGAAACCACGAAACACAUUGGAAACAAAAAGAUAAACAUGUUGCUUUGAGUUCAUGUCUCAAACGAGAAAUAUAACCAAAACAAAUUCACUGUUACAAAGUAGUACAGUGGAUUUGUAUUUAUGUAAAUUACAACAAAUUUUACCACAUUGUCCUGGUAGGCCAGCAGUAAAAUCACAAGACUAUGAACCUUCUAAUAUUAUCUCCAUCAUUAAAACUCCUUCCUUGUCCCAGUCACAUGACCUACGUCACAAACCUUUAUUCGUUAAAGAAAUAGCAGUACUAUAAUAAAAUAAUGUCUUAGAUUUGUGAAUGUGCAACACCGGUGUACAAAGGAAAAGCUUAGGUUACAGAUAGUGCGAAUGCUGACUUCCUGUGUUGCUGUGGAAAUAUGUAAACAUAUAUCCUAAUAGCCUAUAAAAGGACAGCAUAAGAAUGCUAGUAAAUGGCUGAAUGAUUAUAUAUAUCAGUCUACCCCUAUGACGUUUAUGCUGAUGAAGAUUUACUCACCUCAACAUGCUGGAUCCUUGAAACUAAGUCAAACUGAGAUCUUGACCUACUUUCUGAUAAGAAUAAUCUGCCUCAAUCAUGUUUUUCAUAGGCUGCAUUUUUUUAAUUUCUUCACUAAAUAAUAUGGAAUGAUACUCAUUUAAAAUAAACUUAAUGGUGCUGCUUUAAUAAAUAAAUAAAGCUUCUUUGUUAUGUUGUUCAAAUGUUUGAGGCCUAGUAGUACUAAUGGAGGACUGGCAUUAAAUUCUGAGAAGGAGAGUUAAUACACUUGGGAAAAGAAGAUGCAGAGUCGUCACAGAAAAAAAGUAUUGUUUGCAUCCUAGUAAUACAGAAUACUGCUAAUUGUAUUAGCAGGUAUUGAUUAGGGGUAUUAGAAUACCCCUAAUCCUAAUAUCUAUCUACUAUCCAGGAAGUGGUUUUGCUGUUGCUGUUUUCUUUUCAACAUCAAACGUUUUGUCAAAAUACUGUCCUGAAGCUUGUUUUGUGUUGUUGUAAUAAUUCCUUGAGCUUGACACAACCAACCAGACAUAAGGACUUUUGUUAGAUGUCUUCUCCUUUCUUUCUGUACAUUUUCCGUCUGAUUACUGUGAGUAAAGGCCUCUAGGGCCACCUAAAAUGUCUAAGAAAGAAGAAAAACGUUACACAUCAGCUCCCUGUCUAACAAGGGUACUCCGGCCUGUAAUCUUCUGCAGAACAAUUUCUGUUUAUUUUUGCUGACUGAUAGGUAGAAGCAGCAGCUUAUUGAAGCUGUGUUAACUUGAGUUUCCUUACACCUUUUAAUGGCAGGGUGCAGAUAAGUUGGGUGGUCUUGGAGUGACCAGCUUAUGCUGUCACAAUCUGGACCUCAACUCAUUCAAAUUGAUAUAGUUGCAAAACUUUAGCCACAUUAAACAAUUGUAAAAACAAUAAAUAUAUUUUCUUAUUCUUUAAAAAAUGUUUACCAGACUUUUUUUCAGACAAUCAAACAUCAUAUUGAAACAUUUCACUUUUAGAUUAAUUAAAUUUAGUUUAGUUCUUAGUUUAGCCACAAGAAUAAGGCUAAACUUAUUCUUGUUAGGAUUGGGAUUGGGAAUAGU